AAUUGCGCUGCAUUUGCGAAAGGGGCGAUGCUAGGUUUGACCCGUUUUGCUUCCCGUCGGAGUCCCUGUUUGUGUCAGCUUCUUCGGGGUUCUGCGAGGGAACGAUUUGGGGACACCAUGCCCCGGAAGGGGAAAGCUGAGAGUAAGGAUGCAGCAACGUCUCAUGUUCCUUCAAGCCCUGUGGCAACUGAUAAAACUGGCUGUAUUACCAUUGCUGUUCAUGCCAAACCUGGAUCUAAACAAAAUGCUGUAACAGAUGUGACAACAGAAGCAGUGGCCGUAGCAAUUGCCGCACCUCCAUCCGAAGGGGAGGCCAAUGCAGAGCUGUGUCGCUAUCUUGCAAAGGUCCUUGAAGUUAAGAAAAGCGAGGUGGUGUUGGAAAAGGGUGCUAAAUCACGAGAAAAAGUAGUGAAGAUUCUGGCACCCGUGACUCCCGAGGCAGUCUUGGAGCAGCUGAGAAAAGAAGCGGGGAGCUGAGACCAUCCAGGAACGCUGAUGAACAUGUCGUGUUUUAGUGAGUCCUUUCACUGGAUGUGGCAAAAAGAGGAAGUCAGCGCACACAACAAUGGGCAGCAGGAGAACAUUUAACUCCUUUCAGAGGCUGUAAGGCAUUAUAUGCCAUUAAAGGUUGAAUUGAAUUGACUGUAAGGCAUAUGGCAAGCGCGGGUAAUGUAUGCAUACUGUAGGUUCAUUUAGAAUAAUCUCAGAAAGGUGCUGUGACCUGAAAACUCUUCACCAGCCUUCAUGUUGUGAUGUUACUUGUAUCAGUGAUUGGGAUCCUGUCAAAAUAGCAAAUCUAGCCUGAAAAUAUUUUUGGUGGCAGGUGUCAUGAGAGGCAUUAUUACCCCUUGGCCUCUUGGCCCAUUUUUGCACUGUUUCAAUAACCUACCCAAUACUUGUUUGACUGCAACGGCAAAACACAAAGAGCAACUUAUCCCCCAAGCAGCAAUGAUUCCUCUUUGAUACCACUGUCAACAGAAUCAACUGAGUGUCGUCACACUUGGUAUCUAGACAAUUUUCCUGUUUGUAACAGUUUUUUCCCUCCACAGAGACUGAAAGUUAUACUCAUAUUCCAGCUCAUGGUUCCUUGGUAUGCAUGAAUAAAUCACAGAGUGCAGAUAGUCUGA